AUGACAGCGAGCCUAUUGGAUACGGAGCGAAAAGUGGAAAUUUUAGAUGCGGAUUCACUUCGAUUGGACCCCUCAAAUUUAACGGUGAUAUUAUAUGAGGAAGAUCAUACUAUUGGCAAUUCAUUGAAACAUAUCUUAUGCAAAAUGCAAAAUGUUGAGUUUUGCGGUUAUAAUGUACCUCAUCCUUUGGAGGAUAAAAUACUAAUCCGUUUGCAAACGAAACGUGGUGUGCCAGCAGCAGAUGUGCUGAUGAAAGGUUUUGAAGAAUUAGAAUGUGUUUUCGGUUCAGUAAGGCAAAAAUUUGAUAGCUCUUAUGAGUUAUAUGCAACAAAUACUACUGACUGA